AUGAUAAAUUUUAAAUUAUUAAAUAUUAAUAAUAAAGAAGAAGAUGAAGAAAUUAAAAUUAAUAAAAUAAAUAAUAAAUAUUUUCCAAUUUUAAAAAGAAGAGAUUCAAAUUCAACAAUUUCUUCUUCAACUGAAGAAUUAACAUCAACAAGUAAUACUCCAACAAUUACUCAAUCACUACUGACUACUUCAUCAAAUAAUAAUAACCGAAACUCACUAAAUAAUAAUAAUUUACAAUCACAAUCACAAACUCAAACUGAAAAUAAUAAUUUAAUUUCUUCUACAACAUCACUGCAUAUAAAUCAAGAUUUAACUACUAAUAAAAUUUCAUCAAUUUCAAAUUCAUUAAAUAGUUUUUUUACUUCUUCUACUACUCCUUCUUUUUUAUCAUCAUCAUCAACAACAGUGUCGUCUAUUACUUCAACUAAUCAACCAACCUCAACCUCAACAACCCAACCAACGACACAAUCUCAACAACAACAAUCAUCUUCAACUAUUGAUGAUAAUUCUGAAAGUUCUAUUACUUCAAAUACAUCUUUAGCAAAUCCUUCAACUACAUCUAUAAAUUCAAAUUCUAAUACAGAUACUUCAACAAGUAGUAGUAAUACAAAUCCUACAACUACCACUACUUCCAGUUCUAACUCAAGUUCAAGUUCAUCUAAUACUCCUACAACUACUUCACAAUCUACAACUUCAUCAUCUAACACUUCACAAACUACAACUUCAUCAUCUAGUACAUCAGAAUCUGAUACAAUGUCAAAUACUACUACUUCAUUAAUUGAACCAACAAGUACUCAAUUAUCACAAUCACAAUCUUCAAGUAUUGGUACUACCACUCAAUCAACAAGUUCUUCAAGUUCUUUACCUUCUUCAUCUUCAUCAUCAUUAUCAGGAACUUCAUUAUCAUCAAUUAGUAGUGAAAGUUUGAGUUCAAGUUCAAGUUUUCCUGAUAGUUCUUCUACUAUACCAUCUUCUUCAUCUUUAAUUACAACUUCAAGUUCUAGUUCUUCAUUUAUUGCACAAAGUAGUUCAAUUAGUUCAUUUAUCGAUUCAUCAUCUUCAUCAAGUUUUGAUUCAUCUUCAAGUAGUGGCGUUGCAAGUUCAUCUUCUAGUAAUGUACCUUCAUCUACGGAAAGUUCAAGUUCAUUAGUUUCUCCAUCAUCAACAACAAGUGAUUCAUCAAUUUCUAGCUCAUCAACAGUAUCAUCUAGUUCAGAAUCCAGUUCACAAUCAUCAUCAUCUCAAUCUUCAAGUUCAGUAGCUGCAUUAACCACAUCUUCAAGCUCUUCUAGAGCUUCUUCUAGUUCAUCAACAAGAUCUUCAUCACAACCAUCUUCAACAUCUAGCGCAUCCUCAUCAAGGGAUUCAUCAUCAUCAUCAAGUACAACAGAUGCUCCUUCUUCUACUACUUCAAAUAAACAUAGUUCGAUUUCAUCAUUUACUUCAUCAUAUACAUCUGUUAUAACUAAUCCAGAUACUACCAUUACAACAGUUGUAGCUAUUCCAACAUCAACUAUAGUAUCAGCUAAUAAUAAUUCUACAUCAGAAAGAAAUUCAAAAUUAAUUGGAGGAUUAGUUGGUUCAAUUGGUGGUACAAUAGUUAUAGCUAUUUUAGUUGUUUUGUUUCUUUUUUUCAAAAAGAGAAGAAGAAAUAAUGUUACAAAUCAAUCACCAGAUUUUGUAGGUGGAGGAUCAGGUCCAAAUAGAGGUAAUGUAGAUGAUGAAGAAGAAGAAGAUACUAGUUUAGAUGAUAAAAAUGAUCAAAUUUAUCAUGAUUCACCCAAUGGUGAUAUGCAACAAUCUAAAAUGGGAUGGAUUAAAAGUAUGUUUAAUAGAGGUGGUAAUGGUGGUGAAAUUAAUUCUUCACAUCUGAAUUUAUUGCCUGGUUCAGGAGGUGGAGGUGGAAGUGGAGGUGGUGCAUAUUCUGGUACUAAUUCAGGUACUGGUGCUGGUGCAACAACUUUGGGUGCAGGUUUAGCAGGUGCUGGAGCAUUAAAUAAAUUUAGAUCGUUUAGAAAUCCUCAAAAGCAAGAAGACUUGGAAAAUCAAAAUGGUUAUGGAUCAAUAUUAAUGAACCACCAUCAAAUUCAAAAAGAAGAUAUAAAUGAUGGAUAUGCUUAUCGUGGAGUAACAAAUUCAAAUAAUUUAGAUUCAGUAUUUAGAUCAUCACAACCAACAACAAGUUCAACAGCUCAUAAUUCAUCUAUAUACCCUAAAAAUUCAACUAGAGGUUCUUCUAUUUCUGGUUAUGGUGGUGGAUCAUCGUCAGUUAGUGGUAGUGAUACUUUUGGAGGAAGUGGAACUAUAGUUAAUUCAGAUAAUGGAUUUAAUAAUGGUAAUGGUGAUAAAAAUCAAUUACCUACUAGAAUGAAUUCUUAUGGACAUCCAUUAGCUAGUCCUAAUGAUUUUAAUUUCCAAGAACAUCCUUACGUUGCAACUGGAGCUGGUGGAUUAACAUCUAAUCAAAAUCAAAAUCAACAACAACAACUAGAUUCUAAAAAAUCAGAUCCAUCAUCAAAUUACGACACAGAUAAUGAACAACAUCAUGAAGCAUCAAGUAGUUCGGAUGAAGAUGAUUUCCAUCCAUCUGAUUAUGAUGAUGAAUCAUUUAUAUUACCUAAUGAUUCUACUCAUUAUACAAGAUUAUCAUCACAUCAAAAUCAACCUAAAGAAAAUAGAGAAACUGCUAGAAGUGGUGGUGGUCAAUUACAAGGUCAAGAAUUUGUUGAAAGACCAUCUAUUCAUAAUGUAUUUGAAAAUGAUGGAUUUGGAUCUAAUAAUUCAUUAUCUAGAUUUCAUGAAGAUAUAUCUUAA